GUACAUCACUUCCUGCUGCUGACGUCGCUAAGGAAACGGGUUAUGGUUUGAUGCCUGUCGGAGGAACACUAUGCUUCGAAGAACAAGAACAGCAAAGGUGUAUACAGAACCAGCGACAGAUGAUGAAUCUGAGGACAUGACAGGCCAACAAAAAGGUGACAGUGAGGAGUUAGAAGAAUGGUUACCAAAUUCAAAUGAAGGCAAAACUAAAGGAAGGCGUCAGAGGGGGACAGAUGAAACCGGCGAAAAGAAAAAAGUGACCAAGAGGGUGGCCAAACCUAAAGAGCCAAAACCUAAAGCAGUGAGGAAGCCCAGAGCUGCACGGGUUCCCAAAGUGAAGAAGGAGAAGACUAAUGCAAAGCAACAAACUGAGGAUGCGGUUCUACCGAAGCCUGAGUUACAGCAGCAUGUGGCAGUCAAAGAAGAGAGGUUGUCCAUUAACUUGAGCAGUAAUAAUGCAGGAGAUAUGCCUGAUGAGUGUCCAUCAUCCAGUCAACAUUUCCCCAAGGUGAAAAAAGAGGAGCCAGAUGACAGCUUCACCUUUGAUGAACCUGCUCAGAAGAAGCAGAAGACCACAAACUCAGCCCAGGGAAGACCGAUAAAACUCAAACUGAGCAAUUCCUGUGUGGAGGACUUACAGAUGAAUUGGGAUCCCAUUCAGGUUCUUGCUGAGAAGUCUGGUGUGGAGCAGUGGGUGUGUGCAAACAUUGUACAGCUCUUCCUGGAGGAGAACACUAUUCCCUUUAUGGUGCGCUAUAGAAAGGAGCUGAUCAACCAUAUGGAUGCCGAUGCUGUUCGAGAUGUGCAGCUAACUCUUGAAGAGCUCCGGUCAGUGGCAAAGAAGAGCAGAUCUGUUUCUCAGACACUAAAGAAGGAGGGGGUUCUUACUUCAGAGCUGGAAAUGGCUCUAAAGAACUGCACAACGGCUAAUGAAAUAGACCAUGUGUAUGCUCCCUAUAAAAAGGGCAGUAAGUUGUCCAAGGCCCGACGAGCUAAGGAGCUAGGACUGGAACCUGUUGCACUAGCUCUACUUCAGGAACCUCAGAAACUGGACCUGCAAUCCUCGAUCCAGCCCAGCACUAAAGGGUUGUCGACCCUGGAUGAGGUGGCCACAGGUGUGCAGGAGAUCCUGGCAGAUAUGAUUGCAAAGGACAAAGAGACUCUCACCUAUGUACAGUCACUGUGCGACAGGAGUUCGGUGACCAUUCACUCGUCAGUGUCUAAAACAGCCCUGAAAGAACAGCAGCCACAGCAGGGCAAUCAGAAGAGCAAACCAAAGGACAUCGCCAAGUUCAGCCUGUAUAUUGACUUCACCUGUGAUGUUCAGCGCAUCCAGCACCAUCAGACAUUAGCCAUUAACCGUGGGGAGAAUCUGAAGAUUCUGACAGUGAAGGUCAACAUCCCCGACAGGGUGAAGAAUGACUUCUGUAGGUGGUGCGUCAACGUCAGGUGGAGGCCACAGGGAUUCGCAUGGCCAGAAUUGAUGACGAUUUUGAAGAAUGCUGUUGAAGAUUCCUACAGGAGAUUCAUUCUGCCCUUUCUCAGUCGAGGCUACAGGACUAAGUUGACUGCUAGUGCAGAAAAAGAGUCCAUCGCCAUGUUUGUUCGGAAUUUACGUCAGCGCCUUCUGAUGUGUCCGGUGCGUGGGAGAGUCAUCAUGGGAGUGGACCCAGGGUUUCACCACGGCUGCAAAAUAGCAAUCCUGUCCCCCACCAGUCAGAUUCUGCACACAGAUGUGGUGUACCUCCAUGGUCCUGCUAAACACAAAGAAGCAGAAAAACUGCGCCAUCUUAUGUUCAAACACAGCUGCCAAACAAUUGUAAUAGGAAAUGGCAAAGCAUGCAGGGAGACUGAGGCCUUCUUUACAGACCUAAUUAAACAACGCUUCUUCAAGCCCCUCGAUGUGUCCUACUGUAUAACAGAUGAAGCAGGAGCGUCCAUCUACAGUGUGAGUCCAGAGGCUGUUAAAGAGAUGCCUGACAUGGAUCCCAACUUAAGGAGUGCAGUGUCCAUCGGGAGGCGUGUUCAGGACCCUUUAGCAGAGCUCAUUAAGAUCGACCCCAAACACAUUGGUAUCGGCACUUACCAGCACGACGUGUCACAGAGUUUGCUGAGGGCAGCGCUGGAUGGGGUGGUGCAGGAGUGUGUGAGCUUCGUGGGAGUGGACAUCAACAUCUGUUCAGAGACGCUGAUGAGGCACAUAGCAGGUCUGAACGCAGGGCGAGCACGCAGUAUUAUGGAGUGGAAAGAAAAGAACGGGCCUUUUCUCAACAGAGAGCAGCUGAAACUGGUCAAAGGCCUCGGUCCUAAGAGCUUCCAGCAGUGUGCCGGCUUUAUCAGGAUCAACCCUGAGACAGUACGCAGCAGUGUCUGUUCUGGAGGGAACGAAGACCUCAAGGUUCCUCUGAAACAGACAGCUGAGAAGAAAAAAGUCAAAGGCUCUGGGAGCACCUCUAACCAGUUUAACCCACUGGACCAAACCUGCAUCCAUCCCGAAUCCUACAGCAUCGCCUUGAGGUUCUUGUCUCAAAUAGGGGGCAGUUUGGAUCAGAUGGGCAGCGCUGCACUCAGGCAGAGUAUUGAGAGCAGUGUUAAGAGCAGAGGUCUAGAUGUCUUGGCCAAAUCUCUGGACACCACACCUGAGACUCUUCAGCUCAUUGUGGAUGGACUCACUCAGCCACCUGGCUUUGACAUUCGUCAGGAUUUUGAACAGGCAGAUUUCAAGCGGGAAAUUGUGUCCAUGAAUGACCUACACGAUGGAAUGGUGGUAACAGGCCGUGUAACAAACACUGCUUUAUUUGGAGCCUUUGUGGACAUUGGAGUCGGACGUUCUGGUCUCAUCCCAAAGCGUUUCAUCACUCCGGAUAAGCUUCCUGUUGACCAGCGGCAAAGAAGCCUAGCUCUCGGCCCAGGUGAGCGGGUAGAGGUACGGGUCAUAAAUGUGGAUCUUCAGAGGAAUCGGAUCAGUCUGGACCUCAUUAGAGUUCUCAGAUAGGAACUAUUCAUUGAAGAUUUACUGUAGUCAAGUCUAGUUUUCUACUCUGCUUUCAUGUCACGUGAAAAAAAGUUUUGUUCUUGUUGCUGUUGCUGUUGCUUUUUUGUUCUGUUCUACAUUUGACCUGCUGUUACUGUAGUUUUCAUAACUUCAAUAAAAUAGAUAUCUUGCUACGUGAAACUUGACAGGAUUAUAAUUGAAAUGAAUGUCUUCAUCUUCCCAAACAUGAUGAUUCUUGUUGCAAGUGAUGCUCUUCCUAAA